AUCGCCGUCUGUGUUGUGGAGUUGGCUGGCAAAGCUUCUGGGAGCCCAACAGACACCCCCACACUGACGGUCACCCCCGGAGCCCCCGCAGCCCCCAGCAGUGCCGAGCCAACAGCAGAGACGUCUGCUGCAGCCGGGUCCCUGGCAUCCAGCCCCACCUCCCCCCGGCUCAGCAGUGAGCGGACGAGCCCCCAGCCCAGCCGAACCCCCACGCAGCUGCUGGGCACCCCCUCGGAGACAGCCCACACCAGCCAAGGGGUCCCCACAACUGAGAGCCCAGCAACGCAACCCAACACGACAGCAGGAACCCCAGGGUCCACGCCGGCUCUGACCAGCUCUCCUGGCACCUCGGGGCAUCCUCACGUCUCGGCUGCCACCACGUCACUGCACACAGAUGGGGACAGCCCCAAGCCCAUCACAUGCCACAAUGUCAAAGAAGUGAGUGACACUGGAGCCAUCUGCCUGCAGCUCAACGAGUCCAACACCUGCAAACACUUUUUAGAGAUGAAGGGAUCGGAAUUAUGGAGUGCGGUAUGUGAAGAAGGCGCCCACCGUGUUCCCUCCCCCUGCCAGAUUAAACUCGCGAAAUCUGAGGUGGACCACGACUGUCUGCUCCUCAUCCUCGUCGGCGAGAGAGAUCCUGCUACAGACAUGCUCCAGGAGUCUCACUGGGAAAAGUUUGGAAUAAAAUCCCUGAAACGGGGGAGCGUGAGGAACCACCAGGACUUUUCUCAGAAGACGCUGAUCGCCCUGGUCACAUCUGGACUGCUGCUGGCGUUCCUGGGCUUGGCUGGAUAUUUCCUGAUGAAGCGGCGGAGCUGGAGCCCGGCGGGAGAGCGGCUGGCUGAAGACCCGUAUUACACGGAAAACGGUAGCCAGGGAAACACGAUGUUGAUGAUGCCCUCCCAGGAGCAACCCGAGCUGCAGGAGAAGCCAAACCUCAACGGCGGGACUCAGGAGAACGGGACCGG